UACUUGAAACUCAGUUUUCCCGGGGCACGUUAAAAGAUAUGAAAUUCGAAAUUGACAACGGUCGGUUCGUUGGAGGAAUAAAUCAAGAAAAACUAACUUUGAAUUUUGGCUAAAGGCAAAAUUAAAUAAUCAAAAUUUUAUUAAAUAUUAAAUAGCAAAAAUAAAACUUAUAAAACAAUGCAUACUAAAGUGAUCAUUUCGGUGUUAGUUUUACUCAAUUUGUGUGUAAAUAUAAUGGCAACAUCUCCCACCACUGCAAAAAAGGAAAAGGAAGUGGAAAAAGAUCCCCGCAUUAUUGGCGGCCAAGCGAUCUCCAUACAAAUGGCCCCUUGGCAGGUGUCGGUACGCCUAAAGGUCUACGAAGCGGAGAUGUAUGGCUAUGGCCACAUAUGCGGGGGAUCGGUGAUAUCGCAACGUGUUGUAGUGACGGCAGCUCAUUGUAUACUCAAUCAAAAUGUUAAUCCCAUGGCUUACCGCAGUCCCAAUGAAUUUACUUUGGUAAUGGGCUCUGCUUAUCUAUAUCAAAUUCCCCCUUACACUCUGCAAUAUGAUGUGCUGCAAAUUGCCGUUCAUCUAGGAUUCAAUUUGAACACCAUGCAAAAUGAUGUGGCCAUGUUUGUGAUAAAUGGCUAUAUACCGUGGUCAUGGCCCACAGUGCAAGCGAUACCCUUGAAUACCGUUGCCGAACCGAAUGGUACAUAUUGCACAGUCUCCGGCUGGGGUAAAACCAGUUUGAACACCGACAUAGUUUCGAGCAUACUUAUGGAGGCCACUGUACCCAUUGUGGGCUAUGCCACAUGUGAUAUCAACUAUGGCAACAUUAGCACGGGCAUGUUGUGUGCUGGCUACAUGACCACAGGCGGUGUGGAUGCCUGUCAAGGUGAUUCUGGUGGACCCUUGGUAUGCAAUGGUUACUUGGCUGGCAUAGUUUCCUGGGGUUAUAGCUGCGCUCAGCCUGGAUAUCCUGGCAUUUAUACAAAUGUCUCCUUCUAUGACAAUUGGAUUGUAACCAAUAAUCAAUCGUUCAACUAUAGUUUAUAUUACAACAAUGGAAAUGCUGUAAAGGUGACUUACGGGCUAAGUGCCCUAUUGAGCCUGAGUGUUUUUCUUAUCUUGGCAAAAUAUUUACAAAUAUAAUAUUUCCUUAUAAGAUGAGUGUUUUAAUAGAAAUAUUUUUGAAUUGCCAUAGUUU